AUGCCGUCGCUGCUCGGUCUCCACCUGAGCCGCUACGAUCCGAGGGCCUCGAAGCCGUCCAAGGGCUGGUGCAACGACAUUCCGUUCGACGACGCCGAGGCCGAAUGGGAGGAGUACAUCCGACAGCAGGGCAGCCUCGAGAACCUUGAGAGCUUUGACAGCAACCAGUUCGACAACGAGAGCGUCGCCAGCCUGAAGAUCGAGGAGGCGAGCGAAGAAGCGAUCGAAGACGAGAUCGAGAAGUCCCGGAACGAGGAAUUUCCGUCCUCAAUCGAGGUCGACGACUUUGACGAGAAUAUGAUCUUUGCGUUGACGCCGGAAACGUGUCCGGGCCCCCCGCCCUCUCCUCGUCCGCCUCCACCCAAGAUCCCGCUGCGGAUAUUCGUCGCGACGUGGAAUAUGGCAGCAGAAGACCCUUUCGCGCACCGCCGACGCGGCCAAUACAUCGGCGAUGACUUGGCAGCUGAGGAACUGCGAGAGCUCUUGCCACUGGGAUACGACAUCUACGUCAUCGGCACACAAGAGAAAGUCACGAAGCAUUUACACGCUGCAGUUCUCGCUCGACUCAAGCAGGGACCAGGGACUCCUGAGGAUCCCUACAGGAGACUCGUAUUGACGUCAAAGCGGCGGUGGCUCCGCAGUCGAAGUCGAAGCCGGGAAGUCGAGUGUCGGCACCUGCGGACGUAUGAGUCCCCCAACACGAGCUUCUCAUGUGGCGAUGAAGUUGCCCCCCCUCCUCCUCAAUCAGCUCCUCCCCAACCUAUCGACGCAACAAGUGGCACGUGGUGGGGUAAAGAGCAAGAGGAGAAGGAGAUCCGCGGACACGGCGACCACGCGUUCAUCCGGCGGAAAUCCACAGGACUCUCCGUGUACUACGCUAGCCACCUCCACGGGAGGAUCGAGGCUGUAGCUGCAGGUUCGCACAAGUUCACGGGCUCGAAAGGCGGCGUCGCAGUCACGAUCCGAGUGGCAGGAGAUCCGCAGACACUCACGUUCGUCAACUGCCACUUGGAAGCGAACCGGAUCGAGCGACGGCGACGGCAACUCGACAAACUCUCGCGCGAAAUCCCUCGAUCUCAAGCGCUCACCAAAGACGCCGUGGAGGGAGGGGAUUCUACCCUCGCUACCUGCAGCGACCACGUGAUCUGGAUGGGGGACUUCAACUACCGCAUCCAGUCGCUGGAUGGAGACGAAGUGCUUCAUCUUUUGAGUGCCGGAAGACUGCAGGAGCUGCACGACCAGUACGACAGCAUGGCCGACGACUUAGAGCACGUACCGAGCCUCAAGGCCUUCCGCGAGCCUGCCAAGUGGCCCACGUUCUACCCGACGUACAAGAAGGUGGCGAGUCGCUCGAGGCUGCCGUUGAGCGGUUCUACUACCGGAACCGGGAGGGAUACUCGAUGGGCUCAGCAUGUUUACCAGACCACGUACCGAGAGCCGUUCUACAAGGGAGGGCGGCUGAAAGAACGUGUGCCCGGAUGGUGCGACCGCAUCCUCUACUGCUCGCGGCCGCAGAGCCCCUGGGAGGACUGUCUCAAGGUAGAACAGGCCGCGUGCUCGGACGCCAGUCGCGGAGUCACCAGCUUCAGCCCCGAAGCUGUGAGGGACAACUACCGGUCGUUGAAUGACGACCUACGCAGCAGCGACCACAGCCCCGUGACCUGCACCUUCCUCUGGUCAGUGGCUAGGUAG